CUCUUUAUUUAGUCUUUCCUGUUUUGUGGCCAGUUAGGCAGCUUGCAGCAGUCAGAGGAGGACAGAGGGAGGGUUGAAGGGUGAGCUGUCAGAGGGACUCGUGGACAGGUCGGUCCAUUUUCACCCCCCCCCGACCCCCCCGGCCGCCUGUCUUCCUGAGCAGAGCUGUCUAUCCAUCCCUCUGACAGAACUGCCUGCGUCUUGUGGAUAUAACUGCACAACAGUGACACCUGGGAAGGCGAGGGAAACCUGAGUGGAGAGAGGCAGGACUCUGCCCCCCCUUCUCCAACCUCCCCGUUGUCUCCCCCCCUGUAUGUGGAUGACCUCUGCUGUUCUACUCUGCUCCUCAGCACCAUGAACAAGAUGAAGAACUUUAAGAGGCGUUUCUCUCUUUCUGUUCCUCGCACCGAAACCAUCGAGGAGAACGAGUUCACCGAGCAGAUCAACCAGCUCAACAUUCAGCAUACUCAGGACCUGACUCCAGACAGGCUGGGUCCUGGAUCUCAUGAUGUCAGUCCAGUUAGCCCUGAACCAACCACACCGGGAGCUCAAUCCCCGUCCCACCUCCACUACCACAGCAAGGCCCAGCACAGACGUUUCUCCAUGGAGGAUGUCAGUAAGCGCAUGUCCCUGCCCAUGGACAUCCGCCUGCCUCCAGAGUUUCUCAAGAAACUGCAGCUGGAGAGUGAAAAUUCACCACUCUGCAAACCUCUCAGUCGCAUGUCUCGACGUGCUUCAUUGUCUGACAUAGGUUUUGGGAAACUGGAGACAUAUGUGAAGCUCGGCAAACUGGGUGAGGGGACAUAUGCCACAGUGUUUAAAGGGCGAAGCAAACUCACAGAGAACCUGGUGGCGUUAAAGGAGAUUCGGCUGGAGCACGAGGAGGGAGCACCUUGCACUGCUAUCAGAGAGGUGUCUCUACUGAAGAACCUAAAACACGCAAACAUCGUCACGCUGCACGACAUCAUCCACACGGACCGCUGCCUCACGCUGGUGUUUGAGUAUCUUGAUAGCGACCUGAAACAGUACUUGGACAACUGUGGGAAUCUUAUGAGCAUGCAUAAUGUCAAGAUCUUCAUGUUCCAGCUCCUGCGUGGUCUCUCCUACUGUCACAAGAGAAAAAUCCUCCACAGAGACCUUAAGCCGCAGAACCUGCUCAUCAACGACAAGGGCGAGCUCAAACUGGCUGACUUCGGUCUGGCGAGGGCGAAGUCCGUCCCUACUAAGACCUACUCGAAUGAGGUGGUAACUCUAUGGUAUCGUCCCCCUGAUGUGCUACUGGGCUCUACAGAAUACUCCACACCCAUAGACAUGUGGGGUGUGGGCUGUAUCCUUUAUGAGAUGGCAACAGGCCGUCCCAUGUUUCCCGGUGCCACAGUGAAGGAGGAGCUACAUCUAAUUUUUAGGCUUAUUGGGACUCCAACAGAAGAGACUUGGCCAGGUAUCAGCAGUAAUGAGGAAUUUAGGUCUUACCUCUUUCCUCAAUACAGACCUCAAGCACUCAUCAACCAUGUGCCCAGGUUGGACACAGAGGGGAUUGACCUACUGUCUGCUCUACUGCUGUACGACACCAGGAGCAGAAUCUCCUCUGAAGCCUCUCUACGACACUCCUACUUCCUGAGUCUGGGAAACAACAUACACAAUUUGGCAGACACUGCCUCAGUGUUUUCCCUCAAAGAGUUGCAGCUCCAGAAGGACCCAGGCCACCGCAGCUCAGUGUUUCAACCUCUAGGUCGAGGAAAGAACCGGAGGCAAAGCAUCUUUUAGAGGUCGUGGAGAAGGAACAGAGAUACACAGAGCAGAGCAGCUGACUUUUGAGAGCACAGCAUAAAGGCCAACAGAGCUCAGCACAUUCACAAGCAUGCACACACACACACACACACACACACACACACACACACAAACAUACACUUGCAUGAAAAACAUAAGCUCAUGUGCCCCACUCAUUUCCAUCGCAGCUGACCGUGGAGACACACAGGGUUCCUGGAAAUAAACUUGCACAGCAUAUGAAAUGACUGAGCUGAGAUAUACUCCCCUUCCUACACACACACACACACACACACACACACACACACGCACACACACACAUACACAUAUGUUUACUCACAUUUGCACAAUCAGUGAACAUGCUGCCGUGACUUAGUUGCACACAUAAGAGAUUUAUAUAUAACCUGCCGACACACACAUACAUGUCAGCCCUGGAAAAAAUAGUAAAUAAAAUGCUCUGUUCUGUUAAACUGUACACAUAUACACACACUUGCCUGAUGUCAUAUUACCACAUACAAUUUCCAACCAGAGCAAACCCAGGAAUCUGGCCAUCUAUGGUAGCUACAACAUCUGGAAUCAUCACAGAGUUGCAGGUGUUCAGAAGUAUUGCCUGAACAAUACUGGGACAAACAGAAAUGGGGAAUGGCACAGUGUGAGUGAAGGUGCAGUUUGAGGUCAGUUUGUUUCCAAAAUUUGCUAACUGUUGUGUCUUACUAAAGUUUAGGUUUAUUUUUCACCAAAACACAAAGAUAUAGCUUAAAGAUACACUCUUUGAUUUUGUCACAGGGCCCAGUGAAAAUUCUGGGAUUUGUGGGUGCUUUCAGGGCCAGAGUCAGGAUUUAACAAAUACUGAGGUCAUGAGGUUCCCUAACACUCUUUCCACUGCCUUCAGAAAUUUUUUACCAGAAGCCAAAGAAAAGCUCUCAAUUUAUUUAUUCAUAUUUCAUUGAUUCUGGCAACUGUUCCCAGUAUUAAGGUCUAAAUGCCCUUUACAUAGUGCCAGGGGUAAAAUUCUGGUGGAGAAAUGCUGCAAAUUUGAUUAAGUUUAAAUUUUGUUGGCUUACAAGUAGUCGAUUCCAUACAUGUUUCCCUAGGUUGCUUAAAAAAAAAACUCAAAGAAAAUGGUAAUAGUAGCUUGAGCCCUGAAUGCUAUUAGGCACUUGCUAAAUAACAAACUCAGUGUGUAUCUUCAUCUAUCAAUUAGCACAAUUAAAACAAUUGUGUUUUUCUGUGUUAGCUAUAACUGAGCUAACAGGCUAAUUAAGCAGAGAAACUUAACCAUGCCUGUAAAACAAAAAGCUCAAACCUUGUACUGUAUGCUAUUUAAAGCAUAAUCUAAAGAGUUAAUGCAUUAGCAAAUGAUGGUUAGCUACCUGGAUAUGUUGAAUGAUUAGUUCACAGUCAAGAGAUAUGGCAGCUAGAUGUGUGUAUGUCACAUGGCAGUCCUGAAGUUGUACAUGUGGAUAUAAAAGCAGUCCAUUCAAAUGGUAGCAACACGCUGUUCAUUUACAGUACCUCUACUCAUAUGUAACAAAUAGAACCAACAUAAAAUCUGACUCAUCGUGAAUAUAAAUGGAUUUGUGUCAACAAACUUGCCUUGCUACAGCGUCCCCGUGUUUCUACUCAGUGUGGGCUUUUGUUCCAUACAUACAGUGUUAACCGCUGACUUUCACUCCAGUUUUUGAAGUUGCCUUAGUAAACUGUGCAUGAUAUUUUGGCUUGUGAAGAAUCUAUAUUUGAUCUUGUGUAGCCAGUGUGUUAGGAGGUAUUUGCUUUGUGUCUGUAAAUAACUCACUAUGAGUGUAUGUAUUUCUUAUAGUUUCCUAUUUGCACAAACCAGAAGUGUCCUCUGAGGCCUGCUCCCUUCCCUUUGUGUCUUACCUUAGAUGAUACAACAUAUGACCAAAAAACCCUAGACCAGUAAUCUGAGAAAGUAUGUCUUACAAGUACUUUCUAGUAGCAAGUUAUUCUCGGUACUACACCAUUAACACUACCCCUAGUAGCUCAGUGAAAGGCCACAAAAGUCACUGUAUAGAACUACAUAUAGUAAAACUUUAGACAGUACACUCAACAGAUGCAGAAGUGAAAUGUUCAAAUCUUUAUCUGGUGUUCUUCAAAGUUCCCUAAUGGCUGUUGGAAUGGAACUCAGAGUUUAUGUUUAUGCCCUUCAAGACGAAAUGACCUGCAGACACAAACGUGAUGGGGGCCUGUGGCUAAGCUACACUCUCCUCUCUCCUUAAUCUGCCCUGACUCCCUCUCCCUCCCUGUCCAGCGCUAUUGAGAUGCAGCGGAAAAAGAAAUACUUAGGUGUAUGCACCUUAACCAUUAGGCCACUGGGGUGCCCUGUAGGGUCAGUUUUGGACCAGAAGUCCAUGUAGCCUUUAAAGUUAAAGUAGUGCUCAGUAAAAUACAAAUUAUCUAAUGUGACAACUGGGCAACUUCUGUCUGUUGAGGAAUAUUGUGUGUUACGAUCAAAAGACCAGUAUACACGAGGCAUAGCACAUUUACCUAUUUAAGUCCACAUUAAGCCAAACUAUUAAAUUUAGAAACUUUUAGAGUUUUCCAUCAGAUUAUGUUGCUCUCUAGAAUGAAUGAUCUUUUUCAGCACUAUAGUGCAGCAGCUUGACAUUGACUGCUGGUUAAUAUAGUAUUUAUGAGCAGAAAUUAAAUCACAAUGCUAUACUUGCUCUUUGUCUGACGACAGAAAAAAGGAAAUAUUUAAAUUAGACCAACUGCGUUGUGAAUUUGGCUUCCGAUAACGUUCUCUGUUUUCAUUUGUUUUAAAUAUUGAUAUAGAUGAUCACACUGCACAGCUGUUUUCAUUAAUCUGAAUUUAUGUAUAUUUCAUGAGAUGUUGUCACAACCAUAAAACAAUGAUCUGGUGGUCAGCUAGGCUGUCUGUCUUCACCAGAUGCUGGAAUGGCAAAAAUGGCAUUAAGAAUUGCUUGUUUUAGUGUAGAUGUGUGGCAGUACUUUGAGGACAGCAGUGUAUUCAUAUUGGACCGAGAAGAUAGUUGAUUUUAAAGAGGAACAAAGCAAGCCAUCUUUGCCAAACUGCAACAAUCAUCACAAAACAGAGGAGAAGACCUAUCACACCAAUAAUUAGCCACUUGCUUAUAGUGCGGUCCUGAAAUCCCUCCCAAGGCAGUGACUCUAAAGACUCCCACAUGAUUGCCACGUGGUCUAAAGAUCCACAUGUGGUCUUAUCAACUUACAAUGUGUGAAAGACUUUACAGAGGUAAAAGGUGAUGGCAUGCUUCAAAUGAAAUGCUUGUUGGAUUACUUACUACUCUCCCAGCAUACCUUUCUGACAAUAGAACUGGAUGCCUGGGUCCGACAGAGACGUUUAAAAAUGACAGUCCAACAACGUUUAUGCAGUGAUAGGCCAAGUGUGCCAAGAUAUGAAAGUAUGCAGGAUUUGUAAUUCUCUUUUCUGCAUUUUUCACCAAUUAAUUUCACAUAUACAAAUCAGUGCACCCAUUUGAAUGAUGAUCAUGUCUUGCCCCUCUCUAUGAUAGUAUUUCACCAUUCUUUAUGUGACCGUUCAUAACACCUAUAAAUACUGUUUCCUUUAGAUGUCAGACAACACUUGGUAUGAACCAGCUCAUUUCAACCUUGCCCUGGUCUUAAUGAUCCACCCUACAGAAGUUAGAUGCCUCGGACUAUCCACCAGUCAGUCAGAAUAGAAUAAUCCUUUCGCAUUAGAGGCAAAAUGUCUGGCAAAAUGUACAGUAAUUCCACUUUGAACUGGCAAGAGUAUAUGAAUGACACCUUGAGACUGCUCAAGGAAGACAGAGGUAGAGAAGCCAAGCAGGUUCUCAGACUAAACAUAGUCCUGUGUCAAAACGAUGCAAGGUAAUGUUUCGGUGGAAACAUUAAACGACCUAGAAGCUGGUUCAAGUAGCAGAUCUGACUUUGAAGGUUUCUCACACCCCAAAACUUAUCUUUGCAUCAAUUAUUUUAACCUUUGUCAUGACAAUUGUGAUUUUAAAGAGCAGAAAUAUGGCAUUCACAUUAGUACAAAGUAAUCUACCAGGAAUAUGCAUGUGAGUGUUUGAUUUGCCUUCCUGGGUGAUGUUGCUUUGUGGUCUGGCAAAAGUUGUGUCAGGUUCAUCUUUUUUUAGAGUAUCCUGAGUUGUUUUGCCACAUCCCUGUGCAUUGCCAGACUGGCCUAAUUGAAAUUAUGGAACAAAACUAAACAGUUAUCAGUCAGUUGUUGGUUUGACCUUCAAAAGCACAGAACCUCUAAAGCACUCCAGCACCUGGUUGCAGACUGAUUUGAAGAGUAACAUGUCCUCAUUUAUGUUUGUGUGAGAGUAAAGAGACAAAUUCCAGUGAAAGUCAAAUGAUCACUUUAAGUUUUUCUGUCUCUGAAGUAAAUGAAGCCGAUGGAAGCCGUAUGUUGAGACCAUCCAACCCUCUGUUCACCUGUCAGUGAAAGCCAGCAAAAGUGAAGGCAACAAGGAGAGAAAUUCAGGGCACAUCUGCAGGGACUUCAGAGUGAUGUAUAGCUGUGGAUGUUACACUUCAAACCUCCCCUUCCCUUCCCUCAGUGGCAGAAGUAUUACUCUGUGUUUAGUUGUGGUAAAUUAAGCUAUUUUAAAUACUGUAAUGAAAAAGAAAUAAUAUAUAUAUAUAUAUAUGUAUUUUAACAGAUGUUUUCAUCUUUCUCAGUGAGUU